AUGGAUAUUACAUCGGACCGUGGGUUUACGCUAUCCCUCUAUUCUUUGCUCAACACCAAACGAGGAGGAGGGUGCACACUUGCACCAGUAUGUUCGUCAUGGGUGUUUGUGUCGCGUGGAUCGACUCACAGAACCAAAGCUUCACCUUUGGGAUCCCGGAAGGGGUCCACAGAGGUUGGAAAUAUCAUGGCGGCAAGAGUAGCCAUUCUACUUCUCAUAGCGGCAUCCCGAGGCAUAUUUUGGAUAUUAGAACAACCAAAGGGGUCGUUGUUUGAAUUUCACCCACAAAUUCAAGCUGUGUUCACACUCCUACGGUGCUAUCGAAAACACAUCCAUAUGCGCGACUUUGGCGCUGGCAGCCAAAAGCCCACAUGGCUAUAUUCAGGACAUCGAUAUGUGGACGACAUCAAUUCCUUUAAACCACCUAGACUACCUCAAGCUAGAAAAACAGCUCUUGUGGAUCACUACGUGGAUUCCAAGGGGGUCAAGCGGAUCAAAGGAUCCAAGGCGAUGAAAAGUUCACAAAGCUACCCUCGGCAGUUUGGGACAGCAGUCGCUCGUUUGAGGACAAGGUACUUGACUCGUGUCAAGAAGGAUGCCAGCAACCUUUUGAAGACCUCAGGGCCAGUUCGGAAGCUCACCAAGCGACAGUCCAGUUUCAAUGUUUGGGUCAACGCCGCAAGCCUGACCUCUGUGAUUCAAUACCUAUCCUCCUGA